ACAGAGAGCCUAUCGCCAGUCAGUACAGAAUUGUGGGAACGAACGGUUCGCAGCAGCCAGACUGUGAAGGGAAAAAUGGAACCGGUGGAUUAUGUACUGUUAGGACUAGCUAUUUUAAUUUUUUCCUGCUGGUCAGUGAAUUGGGCAUUACACAUUAUGGCUAUUGCAUACGGAAAAUGGAAAUUACGACAUAAAUUAAAAACUUCGGUACCCGAAGAACUACCAGGUGUUUCCAUUAUUAAACCAUUAGUAGGCGUUGAUCCAAAUUUAUUUGAAAAUUUAGAAACCUUUUUUAAUCUCAGAUAUCCACAGUAUGAGAUUUUAUUUUGUAUACAAGAUGAAAGUGAUGCAGCCAUUAUGGUGGUCCAGAGCCUCGUACAAAAAUACCCUAAAAUAAAUACGAAAGUCUUUAUAGGUGGUAGAACCGUGGGUGUUAAUCCUAAAAUAAAUAAUAUGAUAUUAGGUUACGAAGCAGCUCAAUAUGAAUUAAUACUCAUAUCAGAUAGCGGUAUCAAAAUGUGUGAGGAUACAUUAGAAGAUAUGGCUGUUUGUUUGAAUAAUAAAGUUGGUAUGGUUCACCAGAUGCCAUAUAUAAGUGAUCGAUCAGGAUUUGCUUCACAUGUAGAAAAGGUAUUUUUUGGUACACAACAUGCGAAGAUGUACUUGUGUGCUAACAUGCUAGGAAUAAACUGUACCACGGGUAUGUCCUGUUUGAUGAAGAAAGACGUUAUUGAAGAAGCCGGUGGUUUAACAGCCUUCGCGGAAUACUUAGCGGAAGAUUAUCUUCUCGCCCAGGCCUUCAUUGACAGGGGUUGGCAAGUGAAAAUUAGUUCGGAAACAGCUAAACAGAAUUCUGGUCAUUAUUCUAUAUCCCAUUUUCAUGCAAGAUUAAUUAGGUGGACCAAGUUACGUAUUGCUACCAUUCCUCUAGUCAGUGCCCUAGAACCAAUAUUUCAAUGUAUGUUUCUCGGAGCAGUUGCCAGUUGGGCUGUAUCAUAUCUUUUUGAUUGGACAGCUUUAGUUUUCUUUCUAGUUCAUGUUUUAGUCUGGUUUUUAUUGGAUUAUAUCUUAGCCAAAGUUGUUCAGGGUGGACCUUUACCUUAUUCUAAAUUUGAGUUUUUAGUCGGAUGGAUAUUGAAUGAAACAUGCUUCCUAUACUUUAUCUUUAGUGCACAUUUAAAUCCUGUCGUCGAGUGGAGGGGUCACAAAUAUAAGUUACGAUGGGGAGGUAUGAUGGAAGAAUUGAACUCCCAGAAUAAUUACAAAUCAAACCUAAAACACACCCUUACAGAAAUCUCAUCUGAAAAGGCUUGAUAAAGAAUCUCUAGUCACAUUUAUCCAGUGUUUCUAACAGCUUCCAGAUGAUUGGAGCAAGAAAAAUGUAAUUCUGCUGGUCGGAAUUAAGAUGUCUGAGAGAAUAGCGAUGAUGGUCUAUGCAUGCAAUCGGCAUCUGAGGAAAUAAAUGCUGAAAUUGUCGUUUUAAUCCAAUUGAAUUGAAAAUACUGUGAAACAAAAUGGUCUAAAUCUAAGUCAACAAUAUUUAUAAUCAAAUACAUAUACCGGUAGCUUUAAUUUUAUACUGAAUUUUUAUACGCCUACAUUUUCAUGUGGACGUAUAUUGUCGUCGUUCCUGUCCACCCGUCCAUUCGGAUGUCCGUCCACAAAUUGUUUGUAGACUCUCUACAGCUCACAAUAUUUAUCCCAUUUUGACAAAACUUGAAAUAUAGGUUUAUCUCCCAAAGAUCUUGGUUCCUUUUGAUAUUGGCAUAUAUCGAAUUGUAACUUCAUGGAUUAUGCCCCCUGAUGUUUUAAGCUUGUGGACACUCUAUAGGUCACAAUUAUUAUUCGAUUUUAAUAAAACUUGAAAUGUAUGUUUAUAACCAAAAUAUAUUGGUUCCUUUUGCUAUUCGCACAAAUCGGUCUGUAACUUCAUGGAUUAUGGCCCCAGAUUGUACAAAAAAUCAGAUUAUUAUUUUAGCUUGUUCUCUAUCCAUCUCUUGCAAAAUGUGGGCGUAUCAUUGCCUGGCAACCACUUGUUCUUCUAUUGAUCACAUCCAUAAUGUAUUGAUAUCUCAACAUAAGCCAAAAUUCUUGUCAGAAUUUUACUUGAAAUUUUAUUGAUCGACUUACAUUAUUUUAUUGUCUUCCACAUCAAUGAAGAAACUUUACAAAAACUGUUUUGAGAUUUACUUGUUUUAAACAUUUUAUUUUUUUUUUCUUUAUAUCCAACAUUUUCUGAUAUAUGAAAUUAUGUACUGUAGUGUACUUUGUUUGAACAGUUAAACAAAUUGAAAACUUAACCAACAAUAAUACUCUUGAGAGACUAUGAAUUAUUUUGAAUAGCAUAAUAAGACUGAAAUCCAAAAGUGCAGAUUCUUAUUCGAUCGAAUACAAUAUAGGUCAAAAUUGAUAUUAAUUUAAUUUUAAGACAAUCUUCCGACAAUUAAAAUCAAAAGUAUUAUUUUUAAGAUUCUCCGACCUUCCAGUACAAUUUUUGUUGUGCUUCAUAGUAAUUACACGAAUACUCAUUUAUUAUUUUAGUCAUUGCUUUAAAACAAAAAAUUAUUUAUUAUUCUACCUCCAUUUCUAAUGUUUUUAUACAGAUAAAUGUUUUCUGAAAAGGGAUUAGGAAAAUAGAAUAAUUCUCCUACAAUCUGAUUAAAACACAGAUCCUAUUUCGUUUCGUUUUUAUAGUUCAAAAUUUUGUUUUAAUUGUCUAUACUACACUAGGAUCCCAUUUCGUUUUGUUUUUUAUAGUUCAAAAUUUCAUUUUACUUGUCUUUACUACAUUAGGAACUGCAAGAGUUUUUAUAUAAGUUGUUAUAUGAGGGAUUGGCCAAUGAAGCGGUCUUUUGCAUUGAGUUCAUGGGUAUCCCACUAGAAACAUCAAUGCUAAUUGCUUAAUCAAAUGUCAAAAGUGACUCGUAUCACCCCUAACACGACCUUCCAUUUCAUCCGCUUAGAUCUUUAUAGAGUGGAUGCCAUCAGAAAGAAUAAAAACGAAACCCAAUAUAGAUGUGUAUUUUGAUGAGAUUGACCGUGGGUGUAAGAAGAUGUUUUGUAAGUAAUUGAGCGUGUGAGGGUUUUUUUAUUAGUCAUUUUAGUGCAAUAUUGAUUACAUUCGACUCUGUAAAUUACUAUUUUCUUAAAUUAAAUAUGUAAUUUAAAGAUGUAUUACGUAAGAAUUAAAUGAGGAGCUGGCCGUUCUUGCUAUAAUAGUUGGGGGAUUGGAUGGCCGAAUAGUUAGCACAUGCGCGCUGUAUCAUAAGAUCUGUCAUUGAGUCAGCUGGCAUGGUUUUGAUUCCCAGGUUGUACAUGACAAAGAGCAGGGUCGCCUGUCCAACCUCGUGGGUUUUCUCCGGGUCCCCCGGUUUCCUUCCACAGCUAAAGACCCCUAAAUGCAAUCAAAUGAUUGAAAUAAAAUUGAACCAAAUGUUAGUCUCGAAAUGACCUAGUUUGUGUCCAGUGGACGUUAAACUCUGUUUCUCUAUCUCGCUUUAAUAGUUCAAAAUUAGAUAAUGAAAAUAUUGGAAAUUUCUGUCAAAUUACUUUAUUUUGUGCCAGUGGUUGAAGUUUUAACUAUUGUUUAUUAUCAUAGCAACGGUAUUUGACAAUCGAGGUUGUCAAGAUUAUCUUUUUUUAUCGUUUAACUUUGAAAUGACUACGGUGUUCUAAUCUACUUCAAAUCGGAGCCGUCCAAUGGCCCCCCGAGAUUUAAUAAUGUUAAUUAUUAACAAAUAAUAAUUUAUAUAAAGAUUUGUAUUUUGAAGCCAAAAAACGAGAUCGGCAAUAGGCAGAUUUAGCUCUUACGUAAUACAUCUUAAACAGACAUUUUUGUAAAACACCAAGAGUAUUUUAGAUUUACUUAUAUGGAUGAUCAUAUCUUCCAAAAUAUCCAAUUGUAGUAUAUAACAUACUGAUAUUUUGUCUGAUAUGUCAUACCAUAUUGUAACAUCAUCCUGGUGCUUUUUGUGCUUAACAAGAACGUCUGUUGUUUAUUUAUAUGUUGUGUUUGAAAUAAUUGUAUAUAAGUAUACUAGAACAUAGGUAAAAUAACUUUCUAACUUUAAUAUUUAACAAAACUAUGCCAAAAGGUGUUCAUUAUUAUACUGUAAGAAUUGUAGCUAUUUCAUUAUUUAACAUAAUUAAACUAUGUUUAAAACAGCAUUAACAAAUAUGACCGCGAUAAAAAAAACAAAUAGACAAACUGUGCAUUAAUACAAUAAUAAUGCACUUUUAUUGUUCCAUGUCAAAAUAGAUCUAUUUAAUGACUACAAAAACAAAACAAAGGCCAACUAUGUCAUUGUUAAAAUAUGUAACAUAAUCAAACAAAGUUUGAAAUAAGAGUUAAUGGGUAUGAAAUGUAGUAUAUAUAAUUCAUAAAUUAACUUAAGAGUCAAGCUGUGAAUUAAUGCAAGAAUGCUAUAACACUUACACCAUUAAUGUCCUGAAUAACAAUUUACUUCUUUAAUGAAAACAAAGGAUAAUUAUGUCAUUGUUACAAUAUGUUAUUAGAGAGGUUCGCAACCAGUACGAACUACGAACAACGAACACAGCUUCGUACUUCGUUUUUGACAGAUUUACGUUGCCGCCAAAAUGCGAAAUCUGAAGUACGAUCUUUAGUUCCACUUUUGUUCACCUGAAACAAGGAAUAACGAACCGAACGCCGCUUAUGUCAAUGACAUCACACGAAGUGAUGACAUCAACACAAAAAAACAUCAUAGUUCGUUGUUCGUAGUUCGUACUGCCUGCGGAACGUCGCUAUUAUAGCUAGACAAAUGAGUGUGAAGGAGAAUGUAAGGGUAAAAGUUACUGCUUACUUUAUUCCUAAUAAAACUCUGGGGUUUUUUUCUGAUCUUAAAGACUAGAAAUGUUAAGGAAAUUUGUUCUUACUGCACCAAGAUUCAGAUGCAAAACUCUGAAGAGGGUACUCCUUUCACUAUUUUUAUACAAUCAGAAUUUUUUAUAAAAUUAACUUUGCUAUUGUACCUAAAGUGUAUUACAUAAUAACGUACUGUAAGUUUUUAUUUAUUGACAGUUUGUGUCUUUUAAGUAGAAUUCUUUCAUUUAUGUGAGCUAUUGUCUGUGUCAUCCUAAGUAUGCAGUUUUGUUGAAAUGUGGGUUUUAUUCACAAAAACAUUUUGUUUAAUCAAUUGUAACUUAAAAUCGAGAGAAGAACCUUUGACAGUUCAAAUUCAUUCAUUCAUUCAUUAAUUAAAAUUGAGUAUUUUAGCCUACUUUUGGUGUGCUUGGUUAAAGUAAUUCAAUUUGAGAUUCAUUUAAAUUUUAGCCAUUGUUAAAUUAAUCGUGUUUCUUCGUCAUAUGAAGAUAACGUAUCAGGUCAAACCGACUCUCUACAGCACCAAUUCUUGAUUAUAAAUCAAAGAGAUGACCAAUCUAACAAAAUCUUAGUUGCUCGUGUGAGUUGGCAUUUCUAAAAAUGAUAGUUUAAGUUAUAAUCAGAUUUGAAAUCAUCAUGUUUUCGUGAAUAUGUCGAGUCAGGCUAAGAUGUGGGCUUUAAGGGCCGCAGCCUCUAGGGAUUAAUUAAAAACUAAUUUCAUUUGUGAAAUAUGAAUCAAAUUAGAAGUAGGCCUACUCUAAAUUAAUCAAGCCCUGCUAGUAGGCCUACCUACUGCAAAAUCUUAAUUAGUUUUUAACGGAUUGUUUAUGGUUUAUUAUUGUAUAGGCCCUACUAUAUGGGGGCACCAAAAUCUUUUAAGUGCUGAGGGCCUUUAUAGGUCUUAAUCCAGCUCUGUCUGAAGGCCUACUACAAAAUCUUAAUCUUAUGACCCUGAAAUAUAAAACUCACCAGGAGCGGAUCCAGGAUUUUUAGAAGGGGGGGGGAUGCCCCCACUUGGGAGUGCGAAGCCCGGCCCUCGGUGGGCGGACUGACAGGCAAUCAACCAAGUUACCGACCGGCUUGUUUUGUAGUAAAUUACGACGGGGAUCACUACAAUUUUUAAGUAUUUUUGUUCUCCUUUCCCGCAAAUUUUUCGCCACCGCAAAAAAGUGUGCCCCCCACCCCUCCUUGGACCCGCGCCUGCUCACAAUUUAUAGGCACCCAUUUUACAAUCAUUGAAACAGAAGUGAUAAGUAAACAAUAUGGAGAAACAAUUUACCACAUUCCUUCUCAGGUUACAUGACGGUUCGAUCUUAUCACAAGAUUAAAACCUGACAACCUGUUAUUCAAUGGUAUUGAUUUAAUCACUAGCUAAAGACAUUUUUGCCAACUUUUAAAGCCACUUCGGAUUUAGUUGUAUGGAAUGCCUUAAUCACCAAAACAGUGUAUUUAUUUACACAGUUAACACUAUUUUUUGGCAGGCAUUUGUUAAUCCAUACAUUAAGAUCUGAAGUAAUAGGCUACCUGGUUGUACAAAAAAAAAUGUCUAGCAGGUGUAUCUGAUCUACCUUGAAAUUUAUUUAACGAGAUUUUAUAUCUGUUAAAUAAAUGAAACUUUGUGGUAUUUUAAUUGUUCAGGUGUGUAUGAUCAAAAUACAUACUGUAUGAAGUAUUGUAUUCUACUUUCGCUUUGUUGUCUUGUCAUGUUACAUUUUUCGUAUAUUAUAAUAAUUAAUUACAUGUAUUUGUGAAUGAAACUUUUUUUUUUUUUUGACACAGAAUCUGUUAUUAAAUACACAGUAUUCA